GGUAACCAUUACUCAAAUGUUGUAUAGGUGAAUAUUGUUGGGAUUUUUAAAAAUUUCACCCUUUAGCUGUAAUUUAUCAUAACUUAUUAUAGCUAGUUCCAAAAAUGGUUUUGUCGGAAAGGAAUUCAGAUAAUAUUCGAAACGGCCGAAGAUCUCGCGGACCAAGCCCAAACGGACACGCAUCAGAAUCCAGCAGCGAAGAUGAAGCUGAGAAGAUCCGGGUGGGGCGGGAUUACCAAGCUGUUGUUCCUGAUUUUAUACCAGUUGCAGAGAGAAGGUUAGACCAAUGCCCUGACAGAGCGCUGCUCGUUUGGUCUCCGACAGUCGACAUAUCAGAUACAAAAUUGGACGAGUACAUAUCGCUGGCCAAGGAGAAGUACGGAUACAACGGGGAGCAGGCGCUCGGAAUGUUGUUCUGGCACAAACAUGACCUGGAAAAGGCAAUCUGCGACCUCGCCAACUUCACACCCUUUCCCGACGAGUGGACUGUGGAAGACAAGGUGCUGUUCGAGCAGGCUUACCAGUUCCACGGGAAAAGCUUCCACAGGAUACGACAGAUGUUACCAGAUAAGACAAUCGCUACCCUAGUGAAGUACUAUUAUUCAUGGAAGAAGACCCGCAGCAGAACCAGUCUGAUGGACCGCCAGGCUCGAAAGUUGUCAGGGAGGGGGGCAGGAGCAGGGGAAGAGGGGGCGGGAAGUGACGCUGCAUCCGACCUUGGAUCCAACUCCGACUCGGAGAAUGAAGAUAAGAAGUGGACGAUCCAUCGGGGUAUCCAACGUAAAAGUUGCUCCCCUCCAAGGGUGUCUGAAGAGGCCAAAGACGAGAGGGGAGAAGGUUCGUCCUGUAGUAACUGCAAUGUGACUUGCAGUCAUGUCCAUGCAACACCCAAGGGCAACAUGUGCAACACGUGUUUCACUCACUGGAAGCGUACCGGCAACCUACGACCCACUGUAGGGCCGACAAAGCCACGUGACCGGCAACUGCUACUGCGCAACAAGCGGAAGCCGCCACGUGGCAUGUACGUGAACCACGACGACCUUGUAGCAAUGGCGUCGGGACCCGCAGGACAGGGCGAGCAGAUGCUACGAGCCACGGACCGAGAGAUAGUGGCACUCAAGCGCCAAGUCCAAAACAACAAACAAUCACUGUCCGCCCUAAAGAGAGCUACCGGCGCAGGUAUAGACCAGUGUCGACCUCCGGACAACAACAGUCGCAUCAACGCUCGGUGGACCAACGACGAACUGUUGUUGGCUGUCCAAGGUAUGAGGAAGUACGGCAAGGACUUCCAAGCUAUUGCGGAGGUGAUAGGAACCAAGACAGAGGUCCACAUGAGGUCAUUUUUUGUCAACUACCGUCGGCGCUUCAAUCUAGACGCAGUUCUAACGGAAUACGAAGCGGAACAUGGCCCUAUCCCGGACAGCGAUGACAAGAUGGAGGUUGAUGUGGUGGUGACAGGCAGCGAGGUGGGGGGAGGUGAGGCGACAAACUCUCCCCCCUCCACUCCUUCCAAACAACCACCUGUUGUAUCCUACAACAACAAAGUCACACCCACCAAAUGAUACCAGCUCCUUAACAAGCAACAAAGAUAAACUGCAUCACUUUUCUUCACUCUGUCUGUAUGUAAAUAUGCCUUAAUGGAAACCGUUAACUGUACAUAUAUAGUUUUUCAUUGCCAUUGUUAUAUGUUAUAUAAGAAAUCAAAGAUAAUUUAGGCAAUCGCACAUGUGUUAUCUUUAAAAAUAUAGAAAAUAGUCUGUAAACUAAAGUAAAUGUCUUAUGUAGCUCAAUCUAGCUAGUAAUGUCUUGCUGAACUGUUAUGUAAUGGAUGAAAUUUUAUUUAUUAUUGCUACUAAUUAUUUUACUGUUUAGCUUAUUUUGUUUCGGAUUUGUUCAACAAAUAUUUGAAGUUACAAAGUUUAUCUGAAAUUAUUUAGUUUUGGCUCUUAUAGCAGACAAUUGUUUUUUGGGGAAUGUUGAGUUUUAUUUGAUAAAUAUUGAAUACUUUUUGUAAUUAACAAAUAAUUAUUACUAUUUACAAAAUCCCUAUAAUUUAUACUAGCUUAUGCACGAGACUUUACUUUUGGUAUUAGGUAACUCAGAAUUUCACUUUUGAAUUUAGAUUAAUUUACCUUUGUUUUUACACAAAAAUAUAUUUUGUAUAAAAUCUGUACAAAUAAUAAAUGUAAUGCCUGAAAUUGCAAAGUAACUUAAAGAUCUAUUCUGCACAUUACCAAAUUAUAAAUAGGUUUGUUGGUUAUACUUCAUUUAAGUUAAUGUUUUCAUCGUUUUUUUUCCAUUUUAGUACAUAAGUUUUUACACAAUCUACACAAUUCUAAAAAUAUAUCCACUGUAUAUUAUUGAGUGCAUUUUUUCUAGGUUAGAAUGUUUAAAUUUAAAUAUUUCAUACUUGUUUGGAAAAUUUGUUUACGGUUACAAUUGUUAUAACCUAAACAGCAAUUAAAUUUUUAGCAAGUUUCCGUGGUAAGGAAGUACCUAUUAUUGUAGGCGGUAAGACGGAGCUCUGUACAUUUUCAGGCCCCCUCAAGACCAAAAACACAGUAGCAUGCGGGAAUGCUGCUUCGGGGUUUUUUUUUUAUUAGUUUGAAUGUGACAAAAAUGGAGUAUUUAAUGAAGCAUUAUAUGUUUUUGGUUGUCUUGAGUAGGCCGACCUAUCUAUACUGUGUGGGGUAGUUAAUUUAGGACUGUUUGCCAUAGCAAUUUUGACAGAUAACAUGUUAGUCACUCACAUAACUGACCCAGUAUUCUCUCAGGACCUAGUCAUGAUCCCUAACUUAACCUGACCUAAUCCCUGUAAGUGGGGUCAUUUGGUGCUUCUUAUUCAUGACUUCCAAGUUCCAAGACUUUAAAUCUAACAAAAGACCCUUAAACAUUUGACCUCUAACAACUCCUGCUGCACUUCUUGAGGGGAUUGUAUGCCCCUUGCAGACAUCUUGUAGAUUACUGUGGUGGAACAUGCCAAAGUGGAAAGAUGUGCAUAGUAGAAAAUACUGAAACUAACCAUUUAAACAUUUAUUCGUGAAAUCAAAUUAAUUAAUGCAAGUUUUUAGGAUUUUUGAUGAAGUUAUUCAUUCUUAUCUUACAAACCCAAAAAGUUUACUAAAAAAUAAUAACUCUUUAUAACCAAAACCACUAGUACAAUUUUGUUUCUUAACAGGACAUGGUAUUAAAAUAUGUAGGCCUAGUUUUUAAAUUUUUUUAUGAAGGCUCAAGACUGUAAACGGAAACUAUUAAGUCACAUUACUGGAAACGUCUGUCAACAUAGCGAGAGAAAUCGCCUCGACUCUAUAAUUGUAAAUAUUGUGACAUGUGACAAUCAACUAAAGACAGUUGGUUUUUGUCAAACAUGCGUCAUACUAACUAAUUAUGAUUGUUCACAUAUUUAUCUUGUUUUUUUAGCUUUUUCUUUGAGGCUAGAUUUUUGUUUUGAAAUUUAUAAUUUCUUUUUAUGACAAGACUGCGCGAUCUGAGCUUUUUUUCAUGCACAUCAAUGUUUCGAUGUUACCUAGUUUAACCAAAUGUUGUCUAGUCAGUUUCAAAUCUACACUAUCCCUAAAAUUUACAUUUCUGUCAGUUAAAUAAUCGUUUUAUAAUAUUCUCUCCAUUGGCUGAAAAGAAUUAGCUCUACCAAAAAUAACAAUUUACUUUAGUUUGUCAAAUAUUAAAUUAUUAACAUUUACUACUACCAUAAAAACCGUAAGUUUAUAUUCAAAUAGUCUGUCAAUAUUAAUUUUAUUAGGUGUGGGCCUAAUUGAAAAAUAAUUACUGUGAUUUUGAAACCCUUUAUUUAAAUUUAGAAUAAAUAAUAACCAAGUACCUAAAUUAUGAAAACAGUUUGUUGCCAGUGGAAAGUCCAAAUUCCAGAUCCAAAUUGAUAAAACCUCCAAUAAUUCUGACGUCAGGAUUUUUCCAUCAAAGUCAAUUCACAAACACAGUCAAACAUUUAUUUUUUAAUGGAUAUCCUUUAGUACUAUAUAUACACUCAUCCGGUGCAGUUUCCUAGCAGGAACGACUGGACUGAUCUGUGUGAGUCAACUGAAAAGAUACUCAAAGCAAAUUCUAAAUUAUUUUCAAACAUAAAAAAGUAUAAAAAUGUUCAGUAAUCUUGCCCGAUUGUCAUGACCCUAGAAUUAUAGAAAGUAAUCAUACUAUUUAUUACUAUUAUUUUUAUAUAAUAUUUUAAAGUAAUAUUCAAUUCUGGUUUGCGGUGAAAAAUAAUCCAUCCAUAUUAUAGUAGGAACAGUUAAAUUUUACAGCUAUUAAAAUUGUUAGUUAUUUGAAAUAAUGUUUCAUUACUUUAGUUUUAUUGAAUUUAUAAGAAUAUUUGAGAACAAAAUGGAGUUUUUGUUUUUAUUUUUACACAGUAUAUAUUUUAGUGUAUAUAUGUUGAAUUUUCCAUGCAAUGCUUGUACUCUAUUUCUAAUUCUAAGAAAAGCUGUGAAGAAGUCUAGACUUUACCAUAUUUAUUGGAUAAUUUCAUCUAUGUGUAUGUGUAAUUUUUUGUUUAAAGAGUAUUUUUAGUCAAAGAUAAUAAAA